UGGACAACGGUAGUACAAACACUUUUGAGUAAUAUUCAUAAGCUGGAAGCAAAUCACUAAAUCACAUCAGUUUAAUUCCUCUAAAUUGGUCGAUUGCAAUAAUUCUGUACCAAUAUGAAGAGAGCGUCAUUUAUUCUCUGCGUUGUUGGCAUACUAUGGACCAGUGUUUUGGCAGAAUACAGACCAUUUGAUAGAAAUGGUGGCGUUGAUGGGGAAAUAAACUUGUUCCUUCAAAUAUUCAGUGGUGAAAUCAACAAUGAAGGUGGAAAUAGCCAAUUACACCGUGCUGCCUCAUUAAGUGAGAAAGUGGUGGAUUAUUUGAUCAGAAAUGGAUCGGAUGUAAAUGCUUUGAACGUUAAAAAAAUAUCUCCCCUACAGGUUGCUGCUGAUACAGGUACUGACAAAAUCGUUGAAAUGCUUGUUAAUAAUGGAGCUGAUGUCAGUAUUUCGAAUAACGAAGGAAUGACUGCAUUGCACUUGGCUGCUCGUCGUGGUUCUGACAAGAUUGCAGACAUUUUGAUUAAGGCUGGAGCAAAUGUAAAUGCUUUGGACAAUGGAAAUUUAUCUCCCUUACAUUUUGCUGCUGAUGCAGGUAAUGACAGAAUCGUUGAAAUGCUUAUUAAUAAUGGAGCUGAUGCCAGUAUUUUGAAUAACAAUGGACUGACUGCAUUGCACUUGGCGGCUCGGCGUGGUUUUGACAAGAUUGCAGACAUUUUGAAUAAGGCUGGAGCAAAUGUAAAUGUCAAUGAUACAUUGACGCCUCUAUUUUUCACACCUAAAAAUGAUUCGGUGCCUGUCGCAAAUUUGUUGAUUCAACGAGCUCAAGUUAAUGCCCAAGACAAAGAUGGAGAUUCAAGUUUAGCUCUUGUCGAUGGAGAAGACGGUGAUGGGGAAAUAAACUUGUUUUUUCGUAUCUAUAGCGAUGACAGCGUCAAUAAACGUGAUGAUGGAAAUAGCCAAUUACACCUUGCUUCCGUAUUAAGUGAGAAAGUGGUGGAUUAUUUGAUCAGAAAUGGAUCGGAUGUAAAUGCUUUGAACGUUAAAAAAAUAUCUCCCCUACAGGUUGCUGCUGAUACAGGUAAUGACAAAAUCGUUGAAAUGCUUGUGAAUAAUGGAGCUGAUGUCAGUAUUUCGAAUAACAAAGGAAUGACAGCAUUGCACGUGGCUGCUAGUUGUGGUUUUGACAAGAUUGCAGACAUUUUGAUUAAGGCUGGAGCAAAUGUAAAUGCUUUGGACAAUGAUAAACGGACGCCUCUAUUUUUCGCAGCUAUAAAUGAUUCGGUGCCUGUCGCAAAUUUGUUGAUUCAAAAUGGAGCUCAAGUCAAUGCCCAAGACAAAGCAGGAGAUUCAAUUUUAGCUAUUGUCGUUGGAGAAGAUGGUGAGAGAUACGAUUUUGCUGAGGUUUUGCUGAAUAACGGAGUAGAUCCAAACCUUGCUAAUAAAAAGAAAAAGGUCCCAUUGCAUUCCGCAGUAAGACAUGGAAAUGCCAAGAUUGUUGAGCUAUUGAUUCAGAAGGGAGCCAAUGUAAACUUUGAGGACGCGGAUCAGAUGGCACCAUUACAUUUUGCUGCCGAUAAUGGUUUUGACAAAAUUGCAGACAUUUUGAUUAAGGCUGGAGCAAAUGUAAAUGCGUUGAACAAUAUUGAGUGGACGCCACUAUGUUUCGCAGCUACAAAAGGAUAUGACAAAAUCGUUGAAGUGCUUGUUAAUAAUGGCGCUAAUGUCAGUAUUUCGAGUAACAAAGGAUUGACUGCAUUGCACUUGGCUGCUCGGAGUGGUUUUGACAAGAUUGCAGAGAUUUUGAUUAAGGCUGGAGCAAAUGUAAAUGCAUUGGACAAUUAUAAAUGGACGCCCCUAUUUUUCGCACCUAGAAAUGGUUCGGUGACUUUCGCAAAUUUGUUGAUUCAAAAUGGAGCUCAAGUCAAUGCCCGAAACAAAGAUGGAGAUUCAAUUUUAGCUAUUGUCGUUGAUGAAGUUAAUGUGAGAGAUAGUGACAGAUAUAAUUUUGCUGAGCUUUUGCUGAAUAAUGGAGCAGAUCCGAAUCUUGCUAAUGACGAGAAAAAGGUCCCAUUGCAUGUAGCAGUAACAAAUGAGAAUGCCAACAUCGUUGAGCUAUUGAUUCAGAAGGGAGCAAAUGUAAAAUUUGAGGACGAGGAUCAGAUGUCACCAUUACAUUUUGCCGCCGAUAAUGGUUUUGACAAGAUUGCAGACAUUUUGAUUAAGGCUGGAGCAAAUGUAAAUGCGUUGAACAAUAAUAAGUGGACGCCCCUAUUUUUCGCACCUAGAAAUGGUUCGGUGACUGUCGCAAAUUUGUUGAUUCAAAAUGGAGCUCAAAUCAAUGCACAAGACAAAGAUGGAGAUUCAAUUUUAGCUAUUGUCGUUGGAGAAGUUUACAGAGACAGAUAUAAUUUUGCUGAGUUUUUGCUGAAUAACGGAGCAGAUCCGAACCUUGCUAAUGAAAAGAAAAAGGUCCCAUUGCAUUCCGCAGUAACAAAUGAGAAUGCCGAGAUCGUUGAGCUAUUGAUUCAGAAGGGAGCAAAUGUAAACUUUGAAGACGAGGAUCAGAUGGCACCAUUACAUUUUGCCGCCGAUAAUGGUUUUGACAAGAUUGCAGACAUUUUGAUUAAGGCUGGAGCAAAUGUAAAUGCGUUGAACAAUAAUAAGUGGACGCCCCUAUUUUUCGCACCUAGAAAUGGUUCGGUGACUGUCGCAAAUUUGUUGAUUCAAAAUGGAGCUCAAGUCAAUUCACAAGACAAAGAUGGAGAUUCAAUUUUAGCUAUUGUCGUUGGAGAAGUUUACAGUGACAGAUAUAAUUUUGCUGAGUUUUUGCUGAAUAACGGAGCAGAUCCGAACCUUGCUAAUGAAAAGAAAAAGGUCCCAUUGCAUUCCGCAGUAACAAAUGGGAAUGCCGAGAUCGUUGAGCUAUUGAUUCAGAAGGGAGCAAAUGUAAACUUUGAGGACGAGGAUCAGAUGGCACCAUUACAUUUUGCCGCCGAUAAUGGUUUUGACAAGAUUGCAGACAUUUUGAUUAAGGCUGGAGCGAAUAUAAAUGCGUUGGACAAUUAUAAAUGGACGCCUCUAUUUUUCGCAGCUAGAAAUGAUUCGGUGCCUGUCGCAAAUUUGUUGAUUCAAAAUGGAGCUCAAGUCAAUGUCCAAGACAAAGUUGGAGAUUCAAUUUUAGCUGUUGUCGUUGGAGAAGUUAGUGAGAGAUAUAAUUUUGCUGAGUUUUUGCUGAAUAACGGAGCAGAUCCGAACCUUGCUGAUGACGAGAAAAUGGUCCCAUUGCAUGUAGCAGUAACAAAUGGAUAUGCCAAGAUCGUUGAGCUAUUGAUUCAGAAGGGAGUGAAUGUAAACUUUGAGGACAAGGAUCAGAUGGGACCAUUACAUUUUGCCGCCGAUAAUGGUUUUGACAAGAUUGCAGACAUUUUGAUUAAGGCUGGAGCGAAUAUAAAUGCGUUGGACAAUUAUAAAUGGACGCCUCUAUUUUUCGCAGCUAGAAAUGAUUCGGUGCCUGUCGCAAAUUUGUUGAUUCAAAAUGGAGCUCAAGUCAAUGUCCAAGACAAAGUUGGAGAUUCAAUUUUAGCUGUUGUCGUUGGAGAAGUUAGUGAGAGAUAUAAUUUUGCUGAGUUUUUGCUGAAUAACGGAGCAGAUCCGAACCUUGCUGAUGACGAGAAAAUGGUCCCAUUGCAUGUAGCAGUAACAAAUGGAUAUGCCAAGAUCGUUGAGCUAUUGAUUCAGAAGGGAGUGAAUGUAAACUUUGAGGACAAGGAUCAGAUGGGACCAUUACAUUUUGCCGCCGAUAAUGGUUUCGACAAGAUUGCAGACAUUUUGAUUAAGGCUGGAGCGAAUGUAAAUGCGUUGAACAAUGAUAAACGGACACCUCUAUUUUUCGCAGCUAACAAUGAUUCGGUGCCUGUCGCAAAUUUGUUGAUUCAAAAUGGAGCUCAAGUCAAUGCCCAAAACAAAGCAGGAGAUUCAAUUUUAGCUGUUGUCCUUAGAGAAGAUAGUGAGAGAUAUAAUUUUGCUGAGUUUUUGCUGAAUAAUGGAGCAGAUCCGAACCUUGCUAAUGACGAGAAAAAGGUCCCAUUGCAUGUAGCAGUAACAAAUGAGAAUACCAAGAAUGUUGAGCUAUUGAUUCAGAAGGGAGCAAAUGUAAACUUUGAGGACGAGGAUCAGAUGACACUAUUACAUUCUGCCGCCAAUAAUGGUUUCGACAAGAUUGCAGACAUUUUGAUUAAGGCUGGAGCGAAUGUAAAUGCGUUGAACAAUGAUAAACGGACACCUCUAUUUUUCGCAGCUCUAAAUGAUUCCGUGCCUGUCGCAAAUUUGUUGAUUCAAAAUGGAGCUCAAGUCAAUGUCCAAGACAAAGAUGGAGAUUCAAUUUUAGCUGUUGUCGUUAGAGAAGAUAAGGAGAGAUAUAAUUUUGCUGAGUUUUUGCUGAAUAACGGAGCAGAUCCGAACCUUGCUAAUGACGAGGAAAUGGUCCCAUUGCAUUUCGCAAUAACAAAUGCAACAGGAUAUGCCAAGAUUGUUGAGCUAUUGAUUCAGAAGGGAGCAAAUGUAAACGUUGAGGACGCGGAUCAGAUGGGACCAUUACAUUUUGCCGCCGAUAAUGGUUUUGACAAGAUUGCAGACAUUUUGAUUAAGGCUGGAGCGAAUGUAAAUGCGUUGAACAAUGAUAAACGGACGCCUCUAUUUUUCGCAGCUAACAAUGAUUCGGUGCCUGUCGCAAAUUUGUUGAUUCAAAAUGGAGCUCAAGUCAAUGCCCAAAACAAAGCAGGAGAUUCAAUUUUAGCUGUUGUCGUUGGAGAAGAUAGUGAGAGAUAUAAUUUUGCUGAGUUUUUGCUGAAUAAUGGAGCAGAUCCGAACCUUGCUAAUGACGAGAAAAAGGUCCCAUUGUACAUAGCUGUAACAAAUGCAAUAGGAUAUGCCAAGAUUGUUGAGCUAUUGAUUCAGAAGGGAGCAAAUGUAAACUUUGAGGACGAGGAUCAGAUGACACCAUUACAUUCUGCCGCCAAUAAUGGUUUUGACAAGAUUGCAGACAUUUUGAUUAAGGCUGGAGCGAAUGUAAAUGCGUUGGACAAUGAUGAAUGGACGCCACUGUUUUUCGCAGGUUCGGUGGCUGUCGCAAAUUUGUUGAUUCAAAAUGGAGCUCAAGUCAAUGCCCAAGACGUAGAAGGAGAUUCAAUUUUAGCUGUUGUCGUUAGAGAAGAUAGUGAGAGAUAUAAUUUUGCUGAGUUUUUGCUGAAUAACGGAGCAGAUCCGAACCUUGCUAAUGACGAGGAAAUGGUCCCAUUGCAUUUCGCAAUAACAAAUGGAUAUGCCAAGAUCGUUGAGCUAUUGAUUCAGAAGGGAGCAAAUGUAAACUUUGAGGACGAGGAUCAGACAACACCAUUACAUUUUGCCUCCGAUAAUGGUUUUGACAAGAUUGCAGACAUUUUGAUUAAGGCUGGAGCGAAUGUAAAUGCGUUGGACAAUGAUAAACGGACGCCUAUAUUUUUCGCAGCUAACAAUGAUUCGGUGCCUGUCGCAAAUUUGUUGAUUCAAAAUGGAGCUCAAGUCAAUGCCCAAAACAAAGCAGGAGAUUCAAUUUUAGCUGUAGUCGUUGGAAAAGAUAGUGAUUUUGCUGAGUUUUUGCUGAAUAACGGAGCAGAUCCGAACCUUGCUAAUGAAAAGAAAAAGGUCCCAUUGCAUUCCGCAGCAAGACAUGGAUAUGCCAAGAUUGUUGAGCUAUUGAUUCAGAAGGGAGCAAAUGUAAACUUUGAGGACAAGGAUCAGAUGGGACCAUUACAUUUUGCCGCCUAUAAAGGUGGUACCCGGGAGAUCAUAGAAUUAUUGGUGGACAAUGGUGCAGAUGUCAACCAUGCAAACAAAGAUGGAGAUACAGCAAUAAAUAUAGCAAUUAAGGAGCGCAACACUGUGGUCGCUGAUGCAUUAAUCGCUAUAGGAACGGAUGUCAAUCGAGCAGAAAAACCUGGAGUAUUGCCUUUACGUAUAGCCGCCAAAAAUGAAAAGGAAGCAAAUUUGCAAGGCACCGAUAAUGUUAAUGACACGCCUCUACACUAUGCCGCUGAUACUGGCAAAUAUUCCGCUGCAAAUGCACUCAUCAGAGCGGGUGCUGAUGUAAAUUCUGUGAACAACGAUGAAAAUGAAAAUGACUAAAGAUUCGGGACACUUACGGGUUGCCAGAUUUUUACGAGGUAAUGGGGGCCAUGUUUAGUGAGUUCUACAAUUGACGAAAAGAAAGUUUCUCCUUUUAGCUAGUCUUCCAAAUAUAAACUGUUUUUUCGUUGAUUUUCAAUAAAAUAUCAAUUUUAU